AUGGCCACCAACAACGAGACCAAAUCCCUCAUGGACUCGAUCAUAACCGCCCACGGCGGCCUCACCCCCUUCACCACCCUCCACCAAAUCCAAUGCACCUUCGCCUUCCACGGCCUGGCCCUCGAACUCAAAGGCUACGGAGGCAAAACCCGCCACCCGACCAUCACCGUCUUCCCCCAGAACCAAAACCCCCUCGACCCCUGCAACCCCUGGACCAUCACCACCGCCCUCGGCGACGGCGACCCCACCGACCGCUGGCUCUUCACGCCGAGCAAAGUCUGGAUCGAAAACGCCGAGGGGAAAGUCCUGCAGGAACGGGAAAAUCCCCGCGAGUCCUUUCAGGGACACGUCCUGACGACGCAGUGGGACGAUCUGCAGCUGUGUUACUUUUUGAGCUAUGCCAUGUACAACUACCUCACCAUGCCGUGGCUCUUCACACGGCCGGGGUUCGGCGUCGAGGAAGUUCAGGACUCCUCCUCCCCCCAUGUCGAAUCCCCUCACCACCGCCAACCCUGGCGCCUCCUCCGCGUCACGCACCCGCCCGACUUCCCCACGCACACGCGGGUGCAAGAUUUCUAUUUCGGCGAGAAAGACUUCUUGUUGAAGAGCUUUGAUUAUGAGGUUGAUAUCUUUGGGGGUGUGGCGGCGCAUUAUGUUUUUGAUUAUAAGAGGGUUGGGGGGUUGGGGGUGUUGUUGCCGAGUGUGAGGAGGGUUGUGAGGAGGGUAAAGGGGACGAGGGAGGCGGUUGUGGGGAGCCAUACGGCGUUUUGGGUGCAGUAUAUGGAGGUGAGGUUGGUUGAUGGGGAGGGGAGGGUGUGCGGGGAUUUGGAGAGGGUUGUUACGGAGUGA